CACCGCCGGAGGGCGGUCACGUGUCCGGCGGGGAGGGCCUGGCGAUGCUGCGGCCGCUGGAGAAGCUCCCGGCGGGACGGGCUCCUGAGUUCCUUCAUAAAGUAGUUGAUGGCAUAUGUGGCCGUGCGUACCCUCGAUACCAGGACUAUGGCAACAUUUGGAGCUUGUCAGAGUGGAUGGAGCUUUUAGAAGAAACAAAGGCGUAUUUCAAAACUGCAGUUGGAAAAAACAUAUCUGAUGAAGAGGCUGCUCAGCAGAUAAGUGAGUUAAAUUCAGACUAUCAAGAAGCAAUCACAAAAUGUCUGAAGGGUAGAAAGGAAGAAAUCAGGAAUGCCCUAGUGGAAAGAGUAAAUGGAAUCUCUUCUGCCCAGCUGCAGGAUUUUGACUGGCAGUUAAAGCUUGCUCUCUCCAGUGAUAAGAUCUCCAUGCUGCAAAUGCCACUCCUCAACCUUGAUUUGGAUGUGAGAGAAAAUGGUGAAAUUAAGCCGAUUUCUAUAGAGAUGAACAAGGAAGAGUUGCAGAACCUAAUAAAUGCACUGGAAGCUGCUAAUAAGGUUGUCUUACAACUGAAAUGACGGAAUUCAGAUCAUCAACAGUAUCUGCUGGUGAUGGCUUCCCAAUGGAUUUUGGGGUAAAAAAAUGUAUUCUCUGCAAAGCAAAAAGUUGUUGGUGCUGUAAAAUACUAAAGUGAGAAGACUGUUAUGGCUUGCGACCAAAUAAACUACUAAUCCUUUGAUAAAAGUAACAAAAUCUUGCAUCUGUUUGGUCAAAAAUACGAAAAUCCAAUGUACAGUUGCUUUUAGCACUGAAGAUUUAUAGACCUUUGGAAAAGAAUCUCUUAUGUGCUGUUUUGGUUAAACUUUGAUGAUGACUACACAGGUGCCUGGUAAAACUAAGGCAUCUUGCUUGCAUACUAUGUUACCUUAUAUCAAGUGCCAUGAUAAUAAAGAACGUGAGAGAGUAUUUGUAGCAUUAAUAUAUUUAUAUUGUAAAUAUGGCAAAUAAAAACUUGAUUUUGUGUGUGAAUAA